AUGCUAUUCUAUAAGUACGUUGUAAGUUUAUGUGGGCUACGGAAUAUACACUUUUGAUAAUGGUUGGAUAUUGUCGUAUUUGCAAAAUAGGAGUAGGAGAGGAAAUUGAUGUAUCCUUUCAUCGGCUGCCAAAAGACGAAAAGACUAAAAAAAUUUGGUUUGCAUUUAUUGGUCGUGAAUUAGGUCCAAAUAGUGGAAUUUGUAGCAAACAUUUUAAACAAUCUGAUUUUAUUUACAAAAUAUACGGACAUGGUGUUAGACGAUUCCUUAAACAAGGAGCAUAUCCAUCUAUAUUACAUGUCUCAAAUAUUAGGGAAAACGUUGAACUUUCUGGAAACAUUAACAAUUGUAUUUCAUCAAGAACUGAAAGAGAUACUGAUCCUGAAAAAAAUAUAAUAAUAAAAGAGGAACUACAAGAAUGCAUAAUUAUAGAUGAAACUGUAAUAAAUACAGAGAAUUCAAUGGAUAUUCAAUUCAAAAGCGAAACUGACGAUCCUUUAAUCAUUAUGGAACAUAAUACUAACUUGGAAACAAGUACAAUAUUAGGAAAUGAGAGACAAGAAUUCAUAAAUAUAGAUGAAACAAUAAAUACAAAUUUAACAGAGAUACAAUUGAAAAGAGAAAUUGAUCCCUUAGCUAUUACAAAACAUGAUACUGACUUGGAAACAAACAUAAUAUUAGGAAAUAGAAUACAAGAAUCUAUAAAUAUUGAUGAACCAAUCAAUACAAAUUCCAUAAAUCAGUUGAAAAGAAAAUUAAGUAAUUCCUUAGUGACUAGAAAACGCUUCUAUAAUACAAGAUACACUGGAGAUUUAUGUCAAGAGGAUUUCACUUCGGAUGAAGCUUGGUAUUUAUUUAAAAACUAUUUAACAAAUACAAGAACAAAAAUAAAAUCUUUGAAUCAGUAUCAAAGUGACUCACACUAA